AUGUUCGAACGAACAUUGUCCGACCUUAUUAAGGGAUUACGAGCCACGGAUAAGAAAGAUGAGGCCAAAUUCAUUGCUCUUGCAGUCAAUGAGAUCCGCAAGGAAAUUAAAGGCGGCGAUAUGGAACUAAAGGCUGCAACUCUGCUAAAACUUGUUUAUCUUGAAAUGCUUGGAUAUGACAUGUCGUGGGCGUCCUUCCACGUUGUAGAAGUAAUGUCAUCUCCACGUUUCCAUUUAAAGUCGGUGGGAUAUCUUGCCGCCGUGCAAUCGUUUAAGGAGGGGACUGAGGUUUUGAUGCUCACUACCAAUACUCUCAAGAAGGAUAUUGGCUCUCCUCAUCCACACGAAAUUUCCGUAGCUUUGGAUGGUUUAUCGCAUAUAGCUACUACGGACAUCGGCCGUGACGUAUCAAACGAUCUUAUUGGGAUGCUGAAUCAUUCUCGGCCGCGUAUACGGAAGCGGGCUGUACUGGCUGUCUAUAAAGUCAGUAUCAAGUAUCCGGAAAUACUUGUACAUGGUAUCCCAAGAUUGCAAGAAAAGCUGCACGACCCUGACGAUGGGGUCGUGUCAGCUACCGCCAAUGUGCUUUGUGAACUUGCUGGGAGGCGCCCUCAUGAUUACCUGGCCCUAGCCCCCCAUCUAUUUGAAAUUUUGACAGCCUCCUCAAAUAACUGGAUGUUGAUCAAGAUCAUAAAAUUAUUUGGAGCACUAGCGCCACACGAGCCGCGCCUGGCGAAGAAGCUGCAAAGGCCGAUGACUGAGUUGAUUUCGAUGACACCAGCUGUUUCUUUGUUGUAUGAAUGUGUGCGGACGUGCAUCGUAGGUAACAUGCUAGAGGGGACGGCAGGAAACAAUCUUGCGAAGCUAUGCGUUCAAAAGCUGUCGGCUUUUCUGAAGGAUGAAGAUCAGAACUUGAAGUAUAUUGCGUUGUUGGCUUUGGCGAAGAUCGUCCCCUCCCAUCCUCAUCUUGUUGCAGCGCAUGAAAAUGAGAUUCUUUUGAGCCUAGAGGAUGAAGAUAUGAGUAUUCGUGUUCGUUGCUUGGAACUUAUGUCAUCCAUGGUUACCGAUUACAAUCUCCAGUCCAUCGUUCAGCAGUUGCUCCAGCAUUUGGUGGCCAAGGAGAACAGUUCAACAUCGUUGCAGAGUGCCGCGAAGUCUCUCGCUCGCACGGCCGCAGCAUCUGCUGAACAUGGCCUCUCUCGGCAACACAUUGCAGCCUCGUAUCGACUAGAAGUUGCAAAGAGGGUCGUCGAGAUGUGUUCACGGAAUACUUAUGAGAACAUAACAGACUUCCACUGGUAUUUGUCUGUUCUCAUAGAUCUUGCUUAUGUGAGCAAUGUCGGCGGAAUUGGUGCUUUUAUUCGAGACCAGUUAGUCGAUGUUGUCGUUCGUGUCAAGUCUCCGGAGACACGCAAAUUCGCUACCGAAUUGAUGAUUAAGCUUUUGGGUGAUGACGGUCUACUUGAGAACUGCAAUGACGAGACUAGCUGUUCAGAAAUUCUUUGGGCUGCUGCGUGGAUAUGUGGGGAGUAUCCUCAGUACCUGAGUGAUCCCAUUGGGACACUAAAACUUCUUUUCAAGCAGCAGGUCUCGCGUCUUCCUGGAGAGAUCAUUGCAGUCUAUUUACAAGCGACGUUGAAAAUAUUCGGGCACUGGGCGGCUGAAUUAUCGAAGCAGUGGAGGGAAGAUUCUCUCUCAGAAGCUCAAAAACAGGUGGAUCAAAUGUUAUCGAGUAUCACCUUAUUCAUUAGUAGCGACAAUGUGGAGGUUCAAGAGAGAGCUACGAACAUACAACAGCUUUUCACUUUCAUUAAAGCUGAUUUCUCUAAACAUGCAGAAAGGCCUGCACAGAUGUCGAAGAGAUUGGAUACGUCUGAACCAGAGUACCCCAAGAGCUUGUAUCUGAUCCGUCCGCUUCAUGCCAGGGAGCUCAAGGCGGUGGCUAGAAAUGCUCAAGCCAGCGUACAGGUCCCGAUCGGUCUUGACAUUGAUGCUUGGAUUGUUCACCCAUCUCGCUUGAAGGAACUUGCCAGCGAUCCUACCGCAAGUGGAAGCGAAGGUGAGACGCAGGAUACUCCUUUGCGAACUAGGAGGAAAGGAAAGGGGCGGGCUGAUGGGUCGAAAUCGAAGGGCUCAAGGCGAAAGGGGGUACAGGCAAAGGAGGAUGCCGAAACGGUCGAUUCUCUGAGGAACGUGCCGCUCAUGAAAGAGUGAGAUUCAUCUUCCAAUCGUGGGGUGACAAAAGCUUAGUGGCAUGUUGUAGCGGCGUGCUUUACUUGCCGCUGAGCGCGCCGGUGAUCCGUUCUAUCUCGUAGACAAGAAACCAUCUCCAAUCAUUCGGGACGACAUAGACGAUAUUCCGAUUGUCAGACUUGACGAUGUGCCUUCACCUAUAACCAGUAAGUCUUU